ACUAUAUUUAAAGUACCUUGUUUUUCUAUUUCAACUACUUCAGGAUGUGGGCUUCCAGCACGGCAAGUUGGUGUUUACUGGCUGGGCUCGAGGUGACAUUAUCCAAAACAUGCUGAAGGACCACCGCUCAGCCGACUACAACAACAGCAAGAGAACUGACUCCUGCACGUGUCCAGCAGCUGACUUCACUGACCUUGCAGAGAUUGUAUCCAGGAUAGAGCCGGUCCAAACCUACGUAGCUGCAGAAGAGGAGUCGGACUGUCUGACAGAGUACGAGGAAGACGGGAUGGACACAGUGAGAGAGGAGGAGGAGGGGGAGGAAGAGGAGGAGGACGCAGAGGACCCUGAGGACCACUCCCCUGGAGAGUGGGGCCAGAAUGGAGUUUUUCAGACAGAUGAGGAGAAAUCUGUGAGACAACGCCGGAAACUCACCAGUGACUCCAACACCUCUGAAGUCUCUGACUGCUGACAGAGGGCCACGGAGGAGUAGACGGAGUUUAAACAAGAACAAGGGCCAAAUUGCGGGUCCAUAAACAGUCAAGGCUAGAGACGUGGACGUCACACUCGGCUCUUGUGAAACUCUGAAAUACUGUUUUUGCUUUUCUGGAUGAAAUCACUGUUCAUCCUCUAAAUUGUUGAACCUCCUUUGCAUCAAGUGGCUUUCUUCUCGCUCCCACUCUGGCUUCAUCUGUUCACAUUAUGACCCCACUGUCAAAAAUGAAACGGUGUCCCUCAUCAGUUUUACCAAAGUGACCCAUUGCCUGAAUCCCUGCCUGCUAACUCCCAAACCUGCCAAAACGAGGGGGACCCAGUAAACAACACAACAAAACUGUGACACUCUGUGACAAACGGCCAGAAGGACCCCUCCUACAUGUCCCGCCUGGGUCUCUGAAGUUGACAGUUACAUUGCCCUCCAUUAUUGACGUUUUGAUGUAUAAAACGGUCCAUUAAUUUGUUGUGUGUGCUUGUUCUGAUGAGAGUGUGUGUAAAUAUUGCCUGUGUGUUAGGAUGACUAUUUGGUACAGAUGUACAAAGUUGUGGUUUGUUGAAAUAGUACAGGACACUGAGAAGAAAACUAAGAAAUACAUGCAAUAGAGGUGUAGCUAGUGGGAGUUAUACAAGUUAAGCGUAGAUGUCAUGUAGAGAGUCAGGUACGGGAAGCUGUAGGGGGGAAUCAAAGGACCAGUGUUAAAAGCAGAAUGAGGAUGGCUUAAAAUCAGGAGACAUUUAACAAGAAAGAUUUGUUAAUGAUGGCGUAGAAAGUUUUGAAAUGUCGGUUUAAGAAAACAAAGUAAUGAGAUAAAUGUGCAUGGUCAAGAAAAGAGAUGGACCAGUGGGAGUUAUUUUAUUUUAUUUAAGUGAAUUCUCCCUCGAUAGAGUAGGAUGAGCUUGAUGCGCUGUAGGUAAACUAAACUGAACGGAGGAUGGAGAGUAUAUAUAAUGAAAAUGAGGGGUGAAUGAGAUGAUGUGUCAUCGUGUCUGUGUGUUUCAACCAGUGUUCGAUCCCACUCACAGUGACUGAGGUGAUUGUGGAGAAGAGAGCGAUCAUGUACACACUGACUACACUACACAACAAACCAGUGUGAGCCUGCCUCUGCUUGCACGAGGUCAAACAUAUGGUACUCACGGUUCAUGUGUAUAGUGGACAAUAAGGUGUGUAAUCUUUAGAAUACUAGCCAACAUAUUAUUGUCAGGAAAAAAAGUAAUUUUGACAUGGAUGAUACGCAGAAACCUUGAGUAAUUCUUAACUUCAAAUGGGCAGAAAUUCACUUCGUGUAACUAUUAACACUUAAUUAAUAUGGACAUCUUGUAGAAAUUGUAACAAGAUUAUAUUACACUAUACACAAUGUUGAUAUUCAUAAAUGUAUAUGAGGUGGAAGUUUGUAAGUUGAUUCUUUACUGAAAAACAAGGGAACCUACACAAAAAGGGUUUCUCCUCUUAAAAUCCAUUCUGUUUUAUUUAUUUGUGUUACCUACUUGCUUUUAAAAAUUAUUUUCUUUUUUUAAUAUUUGGGGGUGGGGGGGUGUCUUAUUUUAAUUAACUUUGCUUUAGCUGUUUUGCACUGAAAUAUUUGAAGUAUUCCUUGCUCAGAAGAUGUUUGGUUUACUAACUGCCAUCCACCUUGAGAUGCCAUGGGAAUCUAAAGAAUGAAAAACAAAUGAUAAUUUAAUAUGCAUAUUUGAAAAUAAAUAUAUGCAUCAUA